UGACCUGCGUGAAGGCCGUCAAGAAGAUGAAGGAGGGAGUGGAGAAGGCCGGGCUGAAGGCUCACUACAUGGUGCAGCCGCUGGCUUUCCACACUCCCGACUGCAACUGCCAGGGAUUCAUCGAUCUGCCGGAAUUCCCCUUCGGUCUAGAGCCCAGGAUCCUGACCCGCUGGGACAUGCACCAGUACGCCAGGGAGGCAUACAACGCCGGCAUCCGCUUCAUCGGGGGCUGCUGUGGGUUUGAGCCUUACCACAUCAGGGCCGUGGCCGAGGAGCUGGCCCCAGAGAGGGGCUUCCUCCCUGCUGCGUCAGAGAAACACGGGAUGUGGGGUGCUGGUCUGGAGAUGCACACCAAGCCCUGGGUCAGAGCCAGAGCCCGCCGUGAUUACUGGGAGAACCUGAAGCCAGCCUCUGGCCGUCCCUUGUGUGCGUCCAUGUCGACCCCAGACAAAUGGGGCGUUACCAAGGGCCACGCUGAACUCAUGCAGCAGAAGGAGGCCACCUCCAAGGACCAACUCAAGCAGCUGUUUGACAGGUCAAAGACCCACUGAGUGUGUCCCACCUGAAAGCAGAUGAGAGUCGAUCAGCUGCCUGAAGCGGCUAACCCGGCGCGGCGCACAGUUUUGUAUGAACCAAGAGGCAAUUUCUAACUUGAGACUGCACUGCUCUGUAUAUCUGUUAGAAAAACGAGGCCACGGUGUCUCAGGUUAGUCGAUUGCCCUGUGUGGGGAAAAAAAAAGGGACCUGUAUGUUUUUUUCAUUAUCCUGGAACAGUUUGUGAAAUUGAAUAAGAUCAAAUAAAACACGAAUUGGUUACUUGA